AUGGCCGCCUCUAAUCUUCCAUACAUGAAGACCAACCCCAAAAUCAUCUUCUUCACGGACUUCGACGGCACAAUCACUCUUGAAGACAGCAACGAUGCUAUGAUCGAUAACCUGGGCUAUGGGCGCGACAAGCGCCGCGAAGGGAACCUGGCGGUCCUCGAAGGCACGAUGAGCUUCCGUGACUCCUUCCGCGACAUGUUAGACAGUAUCAAGACCCCCUACAAUGAGUGUAUCGAGUACCUCAAGAAAAACAUGAAGCUCGACCCCUACUUCGUCGAGUUCUACCACUGGUCGCGGGAGAACAAUGUGCCGAUCGUUGUUUUGUCGUCCGGCAUGAUCCCCGUUAUCAGUGCCCUCUUCGAGGCAUUGCUAGGCGGCAAGCCGGACGGCCAUCUCUACAUCGUUGCGAAUGAAGUUGAGAGCCGUGAUGGGAAGGACAUAAACAGUGAGGGUGGUUGGAAAAUCAAGUACCACGAUGAUAGCCAUUUUGGCCACGACAAGUCCUUGGAAAUCAAGCCCUACGCCGCGCUACCAGACAACGAGCGUCCAACCUUGCUGUACGCGGGAGAUGGGGUCUCUGAUCUGUCUGCCGCGGCAGAGACGGAUCUGCUAUUCGCUAAGAAGGGCAAAGAUCUCGUGACUUUCUGCGAGCGUCAAGGGGUCCCCUUCACUCUGUUCGAAAGCUGGGAGUCGAUUCUUGCGACGACUAAAGACAUCCUGGCGGGCAAGGUCUCUGUCAAGAAAGUGGCUCAGGAAGGAUUGGACAAGGUUCGAGCGGGCGUGCAGCUCGCCAUUUUCGCGUCCUUCGUCACACUCCUCGUCGUGGUCUUGGACAACCGAUUCCGCGUCCUCCCUGCCUCCAUCCAUGGCCACCUUCCGUCCCACUACAACGGCCUCGUCGUCACUGAUGUGACAGUUGUCACCUGUUCGUCCGUGAACGUCUUUUCCAGCUGCAAACCAAACCCACAGACGGCAUGGUCGCAGGUGGAAAAGGAUCUUUACCUCCGCACCGGUUGGACCUCGAGCGCUUUCGUCCGCUUCGAGCGCAAGAAAGAGGAGGAGCUCCUCGCCAGCGACCAAGUGGUCAUUGACCUCAAGAUCAGCCGACUCGUUCCAGAAUACUCAGAUAAGCCCGGGGACGAAAAGGAGACGUGGGAACAAAGACCCGGAGGCAUCUGGCUGAAGCGGACAGCCAAGCGGCAUGCGAGUGACUCGCAGAAGGCGAUCACGGCCGUCGACGUCCUGUUCGGCGCGGAUGCCGUGGACCCUCGUAUUGGCUGGGAAGUGAAGGAUACCCCGCUGCUACUGGAUAGCCGGACGGAGGCCCUGGAGGCCCGGAUUAGCGUUCGGAGGGGCGAUCCCACCAAGACGAAGAAGCCAGUGCCUCGCAUCAAUGAGAACGGGCGGUUCAAGAUCAUGCAGCUCGCAGAUUUGCAUUUGAGCACGGGCCUCGGUGCGUGCCGAGACCCUGUGCCGGCGGAGUCGGUGGCGGGCCAGGGGUGCGAAGCUGAUCCCCGGACACUGGAGUUUGUGGAGCGGCUCUUGGACGAAGAGCAGCCGGACAUGGUCGUCCUGAGCGGAGAUCAGGUCAACGGCGAGACGGCCAAAGAUGCGCAGAGCGCGCUCUUCAAGUCUGUGAAGUUGCUGGUCGAUCGCAAAAUUCCCUACGCGGCUAUUUUCGGCAACCAUGACGAUGAGGGAGACCUUUCCCGACUGGAAUUGAUGACGAUAUUGGAGGACCUGCCAUACUCGCUCUCGAGGGCGGGGCCUGAGGAAGUGGACGGCGUUGGAAAUUAUUAUGUGGAGGUCCUGGGCCGCGGAAGCACUCAGCACUCAGCUCUGACUCUAUACUUGCUGGAUAGCCACUCUUACUCCCCCGAUGAGCGUCAGUUCCGCGGGUACGAUUGGAUCAAACCAACUCAAAUCCAUUGGUUUAAGAACACUGCUCACAGCUUGCGGAACAAGCACCACGAAUACACUCACAUGCACAUGAAUAUGGCUUUCAUCCACAUUCCUGUGCCUGAGUACCGCGACUCUCGCAACUACUACCGUGGAAACUGGUCCGAGGCUCCAACCGCUCCGGGCUUUAAUUCGGGGUUCAAGGACGCCAUGGAGGAAGAGGGCAUUUUAUUCGUAAGCUGUGGACAUGACCACGUCAACGACUACUGCAUGUUGAACCGUGAUCACGAAGAAAAGCCAUCCCUUUGGAUGUGCUAUGGAGGGGGAGUCGGGUUUGGCGGCUAUGGAGGCUAUGGAGGCUACGUGCGACGGGUGCGGUUCUAUGACUUCGACAUGAACCCCGGUCGUGUUAUGACCUACAAGCGGCUUGAGCAUGGCGAGACUGAAGCCCGCAUCGACGAGAUGAUGAUUAUUGAUGGAGGUACGGUCAAGGGACCGGAUCCAGAGCUUUAA